UCGGCAUAUGCUUUCUGGCAACCGGGUUGUAAAGGUCGGAUCGUUAUAUUUAUUGUUCUUAUCAUGCCCCAUUUAGCAUGUCAUAUAUGAAAAUGAAUGAAUGGACACCAAUAGCAAAGGAUUAUGACCCUCUCAAAGCAGGGAGUAUUGAUGGUACUGAUGAAGAGCCCCAUGAUCGUGCUGUGCUUAGGGCUAUAUUGGCCCGUUAUGUCCCAAACAAAGGUGUUAUUGGAGACCCACACCUAACUCUCUAUGUAGCCAGAUUAAGCCAGCAGACUACAGAGGAAAAACUAAAGGAAGUAUUUUCUCGUUAUGGAGACAUCAAAAGAAUUCGAUUGGUGAGGGAUUUUAUAACUGGCUUCUCAAAAGGCUAUGCAUUCAUUGAGUACAAGCAAGAAAAUGCAAUAAUGAAAGCACACAGAGAUGCAAACAAGCUUGUGAUUGAUCAAAGAGAAAUAUUUGUGGACUUUGAACUGGAAAGAAAUCUUAAAGGAUGGGUUCCUCGCAGGCUUGGAGGAGGAUUUGGGGGUAAGAAGGAAUCUGGACAGCUAAGAUUUGGUGGCCGUGACAGGCCUUUUAGAAAGCCUAUCAAUUUGCCAAUAUUUCCCCAUCCGUUUAACUCCGAAGGACGUGGAGAGAGGAGGCCAAGAUCUCGUUCCAAAGACAGGUCUCAUGAUUGGAGAGAGCAGAGAAGAGAUUAUGGAAGGGAUAGGGGAAUAAGGCGACAGGAUAAAGAGAGGCCUUAUACAAAGGAUGACAAAGAACACAAUUCAGAGCAUACCAAGAGAGAAAGAAGCAGAGAGCGGACAAGAAAUGAUAAAGACAGAAAUAGAAAAGACAGCAAAAGGGAGAAAAGCAGAGAGAGAAAUUACAAAAAACACAAAUAAUGAGCAUAACCGGUAGCAAGAGAAUAAAAAGCAAAGUUUCCUGUUGGUUUCCUUAGCAUUAUGGCCGCAGCUGAGUAUGGAAAAGCUGCAUGUGACUAUGACUACCACAGAUUUGUAAUUAUUACAGCUAUUUUUUUCCUUUGAAGGAGCAUUAACAUUAAAAAGUAAGAAUUUACUUACACUUAAAAUUUAUAUCUGUUGGUCUAGCACCUACAUAUAAUUCUUCUUGGCUAUUUUAUGUAGGGGCUGAGGGGUUUUUAGUCUACAUUUCUGUCUAGCCAUAAAUGACAUUUGACCCUUUUAUCUUCCUGUGCAACAAAUAAACCCAUUGUAUUCUACACA